AUGAUAACAGAUGGUGUCUUCAGGAACGAGGUAGAAACGCGCGGGCGCGGUACGGAGUCAGCGUUCCUGCACGAGCUACACUCGACGCUGGCGCCCGCUGCCGCGCCCGAUCACGACUGGCAACACACUGUUACCCUCAUAUUUAAAGGCCUCGUCUUCACGAUCAUCAUCCUCGGAGCUCUCUUUGGAAACGCCCUCGUCAUCAUUUCAGUGCAUAGACACAGAAAACUUCGCGUCCUGACUAACUAUUACGUUGUCAGCCUUGCUGUAGCCGACAUGCUUGUUGCGUUAUGUGCCAUGACGUUCAACGCAAGCGCUGAAUUGACUGAUGCUUGGCAGUUCGGCCCUAUAGUCUGUGAUAUCUUUAAUUCUCUUGACGUAUACUUUUCAAGUGCGUCAAUACUUCAUCUUUGUUGCAUAUCAGUUGAUAGGUAUUAUGCUAUAGUAAGACCUCUGGAAUAUCCAAUUACUAUGACUCAUAGAACUGUUUGUUUUAUGCUAGCAAAUGUUUGGCUUUGGCCAGCUUUUAUCAGUUUUGUGCCAAUCUUCAUGGGAUGGUACACAACAGAACACCAUAGAAAUUUCCGUUUAAAACACCCCGAUGUUUGUAUUUUUAAAGUAAAUAUGGUUUACGCUAUCGUCUCGUCUAGUGUUUCAUUUUGGAUACCAAGUGUGGUUAUGAUUUCUAUGUAUUGUCGAAUAUUUAGAGAAGCCAUCCGGCAACGAGAAGCUCUGACGAGGACUUCAUCAAAUAUUCUCUUGAAUUCUGUCCAUAUGAAGCAUACGUCCCAUACGGCACACCAUUCCCACUAUUUACACCCUGAUAGAAGGCCCUCCGAUAUCAGCCCAAACUAUAGCACAUUUACAGAAGUUGGGCCAGAGGAGACUGAAUUUGGUGGUGAGGUCGUUAUGUCGAUUGGAGACAUAUGUCCAAGUAAGGAAGCGAGUCCGAGAAAGUCAGUUAAUGUGAGCUGUGAUACGGCAAGUUCUGGAUAUUGUUCAGGAGGAUCUAAUAAAAGAUCUUCAAGUGCCCAGGCACCUCCGCUUGGAUGGAGACCGAGCUGUUCAUCUGCUGUCGCGACAAGAGAUUUGGCAAAAGCGGCGACGGAACUGAAUGCUCAAGGUAAUCAGAUCAAAAAAAAUGUAUAA